UCGUACUCGGGGGUGUCACUCAAAUCUCUUUCUCAUAAAUGUUUCCCAGUGGUUUCCCGAUCACCGCCAUAAUGAUAGCCACAUCGCAACCCUCACUUGAGGUCAACACAACACAAACGCGACGAACACAACCAUUGGUACACUUAGUAGCUGGCGCGAGCGGUGGCGCCGCGACCUCCCUUCUUACUUCUCCGCUCGAUGUCCUCCGAACUCGACUUCAGUCCGACCUUUACCUACCUUCAUCGCGAUCAACUGUUGCCAGCCAAGCCCCUCGUUCUCGCCUGUACAUAACUCCCCUGGGCCAUGUUUUCGAAACGUUUGACAUCCUGCGCUCGAUAAAGAACAACGAGGGAUGGCGUGGAUUGUUUCGCGGCAUUGGGCCCAGCCUGGCCGGUGUGGUUCCUGCAACUGCCAUCAAGUUCUAUGUGUAUGGAAACACCAAGCUCCUCGCAGCUAGGUACCUGAACUACAAGGAGGACGACCCUAUUGUCCAUGCGCACGCCGCUGUCGCCGCCAGCAUCGCAACCGCAACAGCGACAAAUCCGGUCUGGCUUGUGAAGACCAGGCUUCAACUCGACAGAUCACGUGCCAUUCGCGGCACAACGGUGCGUCAGUACACGGGAAGCUUGGACUGUGUGCAAAAGGUGCUGCGGAAAGAGGGAAUUCCCGGAUUGUACCGCGGAUUAAGCGCGAGCUACUUGGGCACGGUAGAGACGGUUCUACAUCUCGUUCUCUACGAAAAACUCAAGGUGCUUUUCCAGGCUCCGUUUUUAAGUCACCGGCCAAGGCGCAAUCCGCAUCCAGGCUGGGAAGAACUCGGGAGAUGGGUCAGUACCAGUGGCGCUGCUGGCUGUGCCAAGUUUGCCGCAGUUCUGGUCACAUAUCCCCAUGAGGUAAUACGAACGCGCCUGCGUCAGGCGCCGACAGAGAAUGGGAGGCCAACAUAUACCGGUCUAGGUCAGUGUUUCAAUUUGGUAUGGAAGCAGGAGGGUUGGCGAGGAUUGUACGGGGGUCUCACACCACAUCUCGUACGCUCAAUUCCGUCUGCUAUAAUAACUCUUGGCGUGUACGAGUUUGUGUUGAGGAUUGCCAACUCCCAUUCAGUGUGACGGGCUUAAAGGAAUCCGUGUGGGGACCGACUUAGAAGCAUUGGGGAGGGGGAAACGGGGGGAUAUUCAUCAAAAGACGUAUUAUGUAUGCUAUACAGUGAAGGCCUGUAAUUACAGUGUACGAUAGUUGGUGGGAAAUACAACUUGCAUCUCUCUAAUGCUCGAGCUAUCGAAUCUACUGGGACAACCGUAAGGUACUCUAACCAUAAUAUCGUGAUGCAACCGUGAGCUACUUUUGGUCAUGCUUUCUAGACUUUUCCCCCCCUCCUGAUCCUAUGAACGAGGUAUUCGGAGAAUCAUACUGCUGCAAAUCAACACCCGAAUGCUCGAAGAGGUCCGUAGCCUCGGAUGGGAGGUCC